UUAUUGAAACAUUCAAAUUAUUGUUAUGAUAAUUUUCGUAAAAAAAUUGGUAUUUUUUAGAAAUAUAAAAUCACGUAUGGAAUGGAAAGAUUUAAUAUGAUAUUUUGCCCUGACUUGAGACCUUUAGAUCAAGAUGAAUUGGCGUUCAGAAGGAGGGCUCUAAAACAGGCUGUAAUAUGUAUAGGAUGGCUAAAAUUAAUAUCAGUUAUAUGCUACAUGGUAUUGUGGUACAUGGUACUCUGCAACAGCAAAGGGACACACAUGUCCAAAGUUAUACAGUACAUGAUUGUGGCGGUCGUACCUUUCAUCAUUCUCAACGGAUUGUUCCUAUUCUUGGGGGCGUUGGAAGAGAAGAUUUGGGCACUGCAGGUCGGUAUAUGGCUCUGCCUCACAAUAGCAGCUUACGAAACGGCACUGGGAGUUAUGGGCGGACUGUACUUCAGUCGGACCGGAUAUUUGACAGUGCACUUUUUGCUCGCCAUUUUAUUCGCCAUUCUGGCCAUAUCAGUUUUCACUGUAGUAUGCCAUGAUGUACUAUUAAUACACGCGUAUAUAAGGCUGCUCAGAUCCCUGUAAAGUAAGAAUGAUAAAACAAUUAUUAUGACUA